UUAGCGGGUCUGUAAUCUCGCCCCGCCAUAGCAGGUAGCAGCUGACUUGCAGAGAGCUCCGCCCGCCACCAGCUCUACGGCGUCGUUUACAAUGUCGAUAGAGCUCAAGCUUUCUCGGAUCAAUCGUGUCUAUCGCCCUACUGAACUUAUUGAGGGUAAAAUCGUAGUAAAGUCGUCUUCUUCAAUCUCCCACUACGGAAUUCGCCUCGCCGUCAACGGAUCCGUCAACAUGCAGGUUCGUGGAGGAUCUGCAGGAGUUAUCGAGUCUUUGGUUGGUGUUGCCAAGCCUAUUUCCAUUGUCAGGAAUAAAAUUAUUGAGGUUAGACCUUCUGGGAAGAUUGCUUCUGGCACAUCAGAGAUUCCAUUUUCCAUUAAUAUCAAGCAGCCGGGAGAAAAGAACCUGGAAAAGUUCUACGAGACCUUCCAUGGAGGAAAUAUUAACAUUCAGUAUUUACUAACAGUAGAUAUUUCGAGAGGCUACCUGCACAAAUCAUUAUCAACAACAAUGGAGUUUAUAGUUGAAAGUGAUAAAGCCGAUCUUCUUGAGCAACCAGUUUCUCCAGAGAUGGUUCUCUUUUACCUUACUCAGGAUACUCAAAGACAUCCGCUGCUUCCUGAACUAAAGUCAGGUGGAUUCCGGGUUAUUGGGAAAAUGUCUACCCAAUGUUCGCUAUCAGAUCCCAUUGUUGGUGAACUAACAGUCGAAGCAUCUGCAGUUCCGAUUUCUUCCAUUGACUUGCACUUGCUUCGUGUAGAGUCAAUCCUUCUCGGAGAGAGAAUUGUAACUGAACAAUCUUUGGUUCAGACUACACAGAUAGCAGAUGGAGAUGUCUGUCGUAAUAUGACUAUGCCCAUUUAUGUUAUACUUCCUCGUCUUUUGACUUGUCCUACCGUCUUAGCAGGUCCAUUUUCAAUAGAAUUUAAAGUUGCCGUGGUUGUAACCUUUCAGUCGAACAUAGCGAAAAUGCCAUCAAAAUCCGAUCCUACAACUCCCAGGCUAUGGCUUGCAAUGGAAACGUUACCGCUUGAACUUGUUCGAACACGGUGAGAUGGACGUGGAAAAAGGCUAGUAGGUUCUACGAGCAAUCAAACACAUUUACAGCCAGAACUGAGCUGCUUGUAGCCGGCCUCAUGCUUCGGCCCUUGAGCUCGGUCGCCUUUCAUCGGCCGCCUCAUGUUCAGCCUAUCUAGUUAUAGGACGUCCUAGGUGUUCUCGGUUAUAAGUGAGAUGUUCAAGAAUGAUUACAUGUUCUAUGAAUCUAAGCUUGGGCUGUAAGCUAUUGAUUUAUAAUAACAUAGCAACAUUUAAGAA